GGGAAAGAUUUGUUCAAUAAUAAACAAAAAUUUUUUGCCGUCUUGCAGAUAUAUAAUUCAUAAUACCUAUUUAAAAAAUAUUCAAUUUUUGAUAACUUUUAGUUUAUAUUAUACGAUUUCAAAUUAUGCCAAACAAAAAGUGCUUAUAUCAAGCUAAAAGUGAUGAUGAGUCUUUUAUGUCACCCUGUUUACAAAUUUCAAGUAGUGUGGAAUGUAAAGAUAUACCGACGACGGGUGAGGAAUACCUCCUACACGUUAUAAAUGAACGAAAGAACUAUCCCUCAAUUUCUUUUAGCAAAAUAGAUUAUGCAAAGUUAAAAAAAAUCCAGACACCACUCGUCACAGAGGAACCAUAUGCAGAAGUCCCACCACAUUUGAAACCAACUAUAGAAUGGCAAAAUGUUCAAGUAGCCAACUUCUCCAAAACGCGCAUGUAUAUUUCAAGGUUACUAUCAAAGAGAUCGGAAUGGCCGCAAAAUGUUACAAGUAUACAUUUAGAUACUAAUGAUAAACAACAGUGGACCAAGCUGUUUAAAGACAGAGAACCAACAUUGUCUUGUAUGUUAGGCCUCAGCUACAAGAUAUUAGAAGAUGGAUUGGACUUAUUAAUACACUCACUGAAUUGUCUGCAGCCUGGAGAGACAAUAAGUUAUAAAACAGGUCUAUGGAUUUACGCUCUGCUGGCUUGUACACGGCAGCCACUUCUCCCGGAUACAAUCAGUGUAUUUAGGAAGUUAGCUAGGAAAUGUGCUGAGAUAAGAUCGCGCCUCGACCCGGAAGAUGAAAGUUCAAAAGAAGCAGUGGUUCCAUUAAAUGUUUUUAUUUGCCUUGUGGGACGAUAUUUUGGACAGUAUGAUCUAGCCGAUUAGUUGUUAGAUAAGUAUAGGAAAAUACAAAAUAA